ACGCUGGUGCACGCUAUAUGCAGGAACUUGCCUCCGGAGGUCCAAUGAGGGUGUGUUGGAGUCAGCCGUUUGGUUGGUUGCUCCAAAACACUAUUGACAAGUAACCCCACGCGAAGCCAGUCCCACUUGUUCGGAGACAGUGGGUUCCACCAAAAGUCAUUGGAAGUGGUGGGAAUGGCAUGUUCUUCGGGUUUGAUACGGGAGGUAUCUUCGACUCUGACCCUCGUCAUGAGGUACUGGCCAGAUAAUGAAAAGGUAGCCAUGACAUUGGCGAGGCGUCGAAGUAAAGCUACUACGCGGAUUGGGAAGUAAACGUUGUUCAUGAUUUCGUUGGGGAAACAUGCAUAUGGAUGAGAGUAAUAAAUAUAUAAGUCACUUACUUUGUUAGGAUGGCAUGAUUCAGAUCAACUUUUUCGAGUCACCUGCUAAAUCUGACCUCCUCACUAGAACCCUUGAUCUCGCAAAAUGUCAGACGAAGAGACUCUGCAAAAACACCACGAAGAAUCAGACUCUGAAGAGGAGGAGGACCAGCUAGAAGAUGUCCCAAAGAUUGACAUAGAUAUCACGAAGUUGACACCUCUUUCGCCUGAAGUAAUAUCAAAACAGGCUACAAUUAACUUAGGAACGAUCGGUCAUGUCGCACACGGAAAAUCAACAGUUGUGAAGGCCAUAUCAGGCGUCAUGACUGUGCGAUUCAAAAAUGAGCUCGUUCGUAACAUCACGAUUAAGCUAGGUUAUGCAAAUGCAAAAAUCUAUAAGUGCGAGAACGAGGCAUGCCCCCGCCCAGGCUGCUAUCGAUCGUACCGCUCGGACAAGGAGGAUAAUCCACCCUGCGAACGACCAGGUUGUGGUCACCGGAUGAAACUCAUUCGCCACGUUUCCUUCGUGGACUGUCCUGGUCACGACAUUCUGAUGGCUACCAUGCUUAACGGUGCCGCAGUCAUGGACGCUGCCCUUCUGCUAGUUGCAGGGAACGAGACAUGUCCUCAACCGCAGACAUCAGAACAUUUGGCUGCGGUUGAAAUCAUGAAACUGGAAAACAUCAUUAUUUUGCAGAACAAGGUCGACUUGAUCAAGGAAGCCCAGGCGCUUGAGCAUCAAAAAUCAAUCGCUGCAUUUGUUAAGGGCACGGUGGCCGAGUCAUCACCCAUCGUUCCGAUAUCUGCGCAAUUGAAAUACAACAUCGACGCCGUCAAUGAAUACAUUGUAAAGCGUAUACCUAUCCCAGUCCGUGACUUCACUUCCGAUCCCCGCCUCAUCGUCAUCCGUUCUUUCGAUGUCAACAAGCCUGGUGCGGAGGUCGAUGACCUCAAAGGCGGUGUUGCUGGUGGUUCUAUCCUUACUGGCGUCCUAAGGCUAGGGCAGGAAGUCGAGAUCCGUCCGGGAAUUGUAACAAAGGACACUCAAGGCCGCAACCGCUGCAAACCCAUCUUCAGUAGGAUCGUCUCUUUGCACGCUGAGAACAAUCACUUGCAAUUUGCUGUUCCGGGAGGUCUGAUUGGUGUUGGGACUAAGAUCGAUCCUACGCUAUGCAGAGCAGAUCGUCUCGUUGGUCAAGUGCUGGGUGCCGUUGGGAAGCUGCCGAAGGUUUAUACCGAACUUGAAAUCAGUUUGUUCCUCCUCCGUCGUUUGCUGGGCGUUCGUACAGAGGACAAGAAACAAACAAAAGUAUCAAAACUUGCCAAAAACGAGCUCCUACUUAUUAACAUCGGAUCAACAUCGACUGGAGGGCGAGUAGUGAGCGUGAAAGGGGAUCUUGCGAAGAUUCAGUUGACUUCCCCCGCAUGUACCGAGGUUGGGGAGAAGGUCGCCCUGUCAAGACGUAUCGAGAAGCAUUGGCGGCUUGUAGGCUGGGGAAGUGUACAACGUGGAACAGUGUUGGAGUUAGACUGAUUCGCUACCCAUAUUCUGGCACCUCAUGUGAUCGGGGCCAAUCUACAUCUGUAUCAUUUGUGCAGCAUGCAAAUGCAAGCGUUCUGAUUGCACUGUACAUGUUUAUUGGGAAGACUCGCGAGGGUCACCUUUCCUAAUCAGCGAUCCCUCACGACUUGGUUCUAGACUUGGACGUGAAAAGCUGCCCCUCCCCAGCCAAUUGCUCCCUG